CGGCCUCGCUGAGCGGCGGGGUCGCAGCGACGCGGCGCAAGGCGCGAGACGCGGAGCAGGAUCUGGCAGAAGCCCUCGCUGGUUGUCAUCGUCGUCGCGGGCGCGGGCGAAAAGCACCUGAAAGAAAGGGGGGGAGAGAGGAUGAGGGAGGAGGGAAAAAAAAGAGGGGGCCACGGCGCACCCGAGUUUCCCCCGCGCGCUCCGCCUACUCCGGGCACGGCGGCCAGCUCCCGCCGAAGCAGGCCUUCCAGGCCAGGCCGAACGCGCACGACGAAAGUGUGGCUCUGGCUGGCCUUUUCCCCUGGCCGUCCUGCAUAAGCAGCGCUUGCCGGAAAUGGGCUGCCCCCAGAACUGGCGAAGUGGCGGCUGGUACUGUGGCUUCGGCUGCUGCUGCUGCCGCCGCUGCUGUACGAGCAUAAACCGCCGACGUUGCUGCUGUGGCGAUUGCCUGCUGGGCAGCUCGGGGCGGACACCGCGGCACCCACUCGGAGUGGCGCUCUAUGCAGAUGUCGGUCCAGCGACACAAGACUGCGCGCGGGUCCGGUCAGAGCAUGCGCCAUCGCUGGCCGCUCCCCAGGUCCCGAACCACGCUGCGGGGCACCGGUGCGAGCAUCGGGCACGUCGCGGAGCGCAGCACUAUCGUGUCCAGCCAACCCCCCAGCGACUACAAGACAAGACAAGCCCACAGUUUCAGGCAGCGCGUGGAUCACAGUAGGCUGUGGGAUUGGUACAACGCCCCAAGUCGCACUGUACGUAUUGCUGGAAACUCGCCGGCCCGUCGGGCCAACGGCGUGAUAGAUGUUAGACCUGGGCCG